AUGGAAGCUGCCAUGUCCACCACAGCCGGUCGCGGAAUGCCGAAUUCCAACGGAGCCCCCCGGAUUUCGAGGGCCCAAGCGUUUGAAAAUUCAGCUUUCAUCGAUGUUACCAAAGAGGUGCCGAUCCGUCCACAGCCCAAUCAAUACUAUUCGCCUCAGAUCCAGCAAAAUGGGUUCUAUCAACAACAAAAUAUGUCCUAUGAUGGCUCAUAUGGCAACCAGCCACAUCCUUAUAUGAAUGGGAACCCCAGUCCGCAACAUAUGAAUAGUCCAAGACAAAGCAUGAACGCCAUGCACUCGCGUCGGAGUUCCAUUACCUCCACGACGUCUUCGUCCAUGAACAGGUUUUUCCAUGGCAAAUUGGGUAAAUCCAGUGGAGGCGGAGGCGGAGAUGAUGAAGAUGAAGGAGAAACUGAGGCCCAGCCUGGUGUAGAUGUGUCUUUUGACGAUAUACAGCAUCUGAGAGAUAGAGGUCGGUAUGGAAUGAGCAAUGCCACCUUUGAUACGACUCCGUAUAUUCCCACGCUUUCGAGCAAGCCCAAAGGUCCAAAUGGUCAGAUGGAUAAUACCCAAUACCGGAAACAGAAGACUAUGCAGAAAAAACUGGCCUUGAAAGGCUCCACUGCAACUGCAGGUCCGAGGGCAAACAGUCUACAAAGUGGCCCUGCUUACAUGGGCCCUGGAAUGAACGACAGAGCUAUGAGUCUAAACUCUAGGCCUCCUAUGGGAUUCCAACAAGAUCCUAGAACGAUGUCUAUGGGUGGUACUCCACCACAAUGGCAGCAAUGGCAACCCCAACAGCAGCCUUACUACGGCAAUGGUCAGGCUCCAAUGGUGCAAUCACCUCGAAUGGGAAUGCAGCCUAUUCCACAAGCACGUACCAUGAGCUUCAACGGCCAGCAGUCUCCAGUAAUGAGAGGCGGCCCAAUUCCUCCUCAGCAGCUGCAUCAGAGGGGCAGCUGGAGUAAUUUACAACAGCAGAACAUGCGUGGACCGAUGCCACCGCAAGUGCAAAGGCCAUCUUCUCCUAUGAAUCAGUAUGGAAGAGUGCAUCCUCAGCAGCAACAGCAUAACCAGAUGAUCCCAAUUGCUUCGCCAGAUCCACACAAUCAACAAAGCCCCAAUUCCCGGCAUCAGAUUGAGCGGAAGCAGCAAAAACAGUAUUCACCGGAUAAUUCAAAUCCUCCUAUGGGAAGUCAAUCUAGGACGUCCAUGAAAAGCGAGUCUUCUAAGGAAGUUUCUCCUUUGCGGAGUGUGUAUACCCACACUCAGCCUGAGGGAAUUCCAGACACCAAACAAAAGAAAAAGCUCAAUAAAUAUUCUUUUCACAUGGAGGAAGAUAUCGAUGAGGAGAUUGAAAAGAUGGAACAGGCUAAGGGCAAAGAGAUAGAGGAGCAUCCUGCUGGUCAAGAUCAGGAAAUAGCUGCUGAAGUAGUGACUGAUGCAGCUGCAAGACGGGCAAUCAAGGACAAUUUGGAUGCAACGACUGAAGCACCCGUUGAAGCACCUGUUGACAUUGCAGUUGAUGCACGGGCUCAUACAUCUUCAUCUCUCAAAUCAUCGCGUGAAGUUUCGGAAACUUCAGUAUACUCUUCUCCCAGCAAGUCAUUGCGAGACGUGGAAUCCCUGAAGAAGAUAUCGCCCCAGAGAUCAUAUGGGAACAGAGAUUCAAUUGUUUCGGCUUUCACCGAUGUGGAGUCACCGCUGAGGGUAGCAAAACAACCUCUUUAUCAGCUCAGCACUGGAACAGCGAACGAAGUUUAUGUGACUGCUCCGGAGUUUCUGGAGCAAAAGGAACACGGCGAGGAAAACCACAUGGGAUUAGGCGUGGUUUCCACUGAGACAUCUGCAGUGGCUGAGAAAGCACCCAGUAUAUACUCGGUGACCGCAUCUGGACCUUUACAAUCACAGAGGAGCUUAGAUUCAACCCAAACCUUGGGAAACCAGGAUUCGGCAAUUUCCGACUCAACUCGUGGAUCCCAUGGAUCUCAUUCGUUACCAUCAGCAAACGACACAACGGUGGAGGAUUUUUCUUCUGCAAAUAACAGCACCAUGAUGGAGGAUGCAAAGUCACACACUGCUAUCCAAGGACUCGAAGAUAAUUAUGUGGACGACUCAAGUGUCAUAUACAAGCCUGAGAGAGACGUUGAGGGUUACGAAGAAUCCGCUGAUACCACCACUCCGGCAAGCGAAAGUACUCUUCAAUUUGAAAAAGAAGAGAUUCCACCACCACCCACUACGAAUACGUACAGGUCGAUGCUUCUAAGUGACCAACCACCACCACCACUUCAAAUGCAGGGCCGCAAACCUUCUUUCCCGCCACCUACAUCUGCUGUGAUGGCAAAUAGGACCGAGAAACUCUCUACUCCGAACAGAUUCGUUCCUAAUUUCUCUCAAUCGUCUACCAGUGUGUCUUCACAAGAUUAUGAAUCUCCCAAGAUCCCCCAGGUCGUCAACCGCAAGAACUCUGCGAUUUCGCUCAAGGGAAACUCUCCAAUUCUCAAGUCCGUGAACUUUUUCAAGAAGGUUUCGAAGAAGGCUAAGGAGAUGGGUUCCAAGGAAGAUAUGCCAUCAUCUGGCCUUCGUGCCGAAGACUUCAGCUCCUCUUCCAACUUCAACGUUAUUGGAACUGAAGCUUCGGGUUUGGACGGCUCAUAUUCUCAUAGCUAUAACAAUUAUGCGCAGCAACCACAACAAGAGCAGCGCACUAUUGUAUUGCCUAGCGGUUCAAUCAAGAGUUCCGAGAAAGACCUCCCUUCAGUUCCGUCGGUUUUGUCACCUUCAGUCAACGACAGACAUCUACCAACGGUUCCUUCUUCAGAGACCCCUUCUGACAACAACGAAUUUGAUUUUGGAAGUCCAAAGAAAACUAUCGCUCACAGUGCCAGUCGUACUCGGAGACCUCGUCGCUCUGUUGAUACCAAAAGCGUGGAUAUCAUGAACUACAAGCUCGAGGUUGAUUUUGCUGGCGAAGAUGCCAGUCUUUUCUCACGGAAUAGUUCGUUGAUUCCGUCGGAUGUGAAUAUAAGCGCUCAAAAUUCUUACCACAAGAAGUUGCCAUCGGUUGUGGAGGAUGAUUCAGCUGCUAACCAGCAAAAACAGGUUACUCAACCACAAAGACAAAUUCCCGUUCAGAAACCAGUCCACACGGUUUCCGAACCAAAGGAAGUUGCACAGGAUCUCUCAGAACCAUCUCCAACCAUAAUUUCAAGUCAGACUCAAUCGCGUGGGAUCUCAGCUGAUACCCCUCUAAACGGCCUUUCAGUUGAGCAACUUGGAAUGUUGCAUUCCAACAUGGCCCUGAUGGAAGAGCUGCAAGCCGUUUCUAAUGCUCUUGCAGAGUCGAUCACGAGAGAGCUAAAUUUGGACCAGAAACUAAAGGCUGUUUCAGCGGGAGGUGCGACCAUCGACGAGGAUUCCUCAAAAUCAGAGGGCGCUCUUAGAGAGAAAUCUUUACAAAUCUCGGAUUUGGCAAAGCAGUUAGUGGAAGAGAGGAAAAAACGGUACAUAGCAGAGGAAUUCUGCUUGAAGUGGGAGAAUGGUAUAAAGCCAUCUCCCUUAGAGUUGAGCUACCAAAACUCAGAACUCACAACGAAAGCGUUGGAACAAGAGGAGAAACUGGCACAGGCUCAGCAGAAGGUUGAGUCGCUGGAAGCCGAAUAUCCUGAGCUUUUGGAUAAAGUUGAGAAGCUGACUGCGGAGAACAGAGAGCUGAGUACGGUUACUCUCCCACAUCUCAAGAACACCGUUCAAGUGUUGGAAAGCCAAGGUGUGACCGGAGAAUCCUCGGAUCUAGCCAAGGAGAACGAGUUUUUGAAGAGCCAACUGGACGCCCAUCUUCGUGAGAGUGGUAAUGUGACAAUGAUUGAACAGCAGAGAGAUGGCCUUCGCGAUGCCAUGAAGUCGAUGAAAGAACAGCACGAGAUUGAGCUCAGACUGGCAAACGAAAAGGUGAAGAACCUCGAAGGAAGACUUGCCAAGUUGUCAUCCCUCAACAGCAACCUUUCUAGAAGAGUCGGAAGUGGAGCAGAAGCUGGAUCUCCCAAUCUGCGCAUACACACGUCGUUCCAGAACCUGAGAACAACCUCGACAAGCUCUUCUUCAGAGAAGACCCAGUCAACCGGUUUGACGGUUCCGUUGCCUGUGACAUUUUCAAGUUGA